AUGCUUGAGCAAAAUUCAGAAAUCAAGAAAUCAAUUGUAGAUUUGACUCAGAGGGUGGAAAAGUUAGAGACUAAGGAGUCAAAUAAGCUACCUGCACAAACAGUGAUCAACCUGCAAAAUAUAAGUGCUAUUACUUUAAGAACGGGUAAGCAAGUACAAGGCCCUGAAGGAGCCCAAGAGGAUGAAGACAAGGAGAAAGAAGAAGCACAAAUUGAUGACAAUGGAGAACUAAAUGAACCAUCACCUGAGACUACCACUGAGAAAUCCAGGUCAGUAUCCUCUAACUCUUCUUCUUCUAAAAAUUAUUCUUCAUCUUAUUCUCCACCACCUCCAUAUCCCAAUCGGUUGAAGCCGAGAAACAAGAAAAUGGAGGAAUUAGACCAAGAGAUCUUGAAUAUUUUCAAAAAAGUGGAGAUCAACAUUCCCUUGCUAGAUGUUGUUAAGCAAAUUCCUAAAUACGCCAAGUUUUUGAAAGAAAUUUGCACAAAUAGAAGGCGUUUUAGGGAUAAUGAGUUUGACAAUGCCAUGCUAGAUUUAGGGGCUUCCAUUAAUGUAAUGCCUUUAUCAGUGUUUACUUCUCUAUCUUUGGGACCUCUUAAGACUACUGGUGUGGUCAUUCAACUGGCCAACCGUAGCACAGUUAUCCCUGUAGGUGUGCUUGAGGACGUGCUUGUCCAAGUAAACAAGUUAAUUUUUCCUGCAGAUUUCUAUAUCUUGGACAUGAAGGAUGAAGAAGGAACUAGUCCAACAACUAUUAUCUUGGGAAGACCCUUCAUGAUGACANCACGAACCAAGAUAGAUGUGCAUGCAGGAUCAUUGACAAUGGAGAUAGGAGACGAGAAAGUGCGCUUCAACUUGUUGGAAUCUGGGAAGCAUCCGAUUAAAGAUCAUUCUUUGUUUUGUAUUGACUUAUCAAGUGAUGCUAAACCAGUGAGACAACCUCAAGGAAGACUGAAUCCUCAACUGAUGGGGGUUGUAAAGAAAAAGGACACCAAGCUACUACAAAUAGGUAUUAUAGACCACAAUUCUGACAGCAUUUGGGUGGGCCCUAUACAUGUGGUUCCCGAGAAAGAUGGAAUAACAAUGGUCAAGAAUGAGAAGGACAAGUUGACUCUUAUUCAGGACAGAAGUGGAGCACAUAAUUUAGUAGUUGACCAUCUUAGUAGGAUUGAAAAAGGAAAAGAUAACAUUCCAAUCCAGGAUGACUUUUCUACUGAAGUCCUACUAGCAUUCCUUCCACCGUGA